AUUAUUAAAUUUUAUAAAUUAUUAUUUUUAAAUACAUUAAUUUUCAGAACAUUAUUAGUCAUUUCUUCUUAUUCUUGAUUUUCAAUAUGAAUAGGAUUAGAAAUUAAUAUAAUAUCAUUUAUCCCAUUAAUAAUCAAUUCUAAAAAUAUUUUUUCAUCAGAAAGAGCAUUAAAAUAUUUUAUUAUCCAAGCUUUAGCUUCAAAUAUUCUACUGUUUAGAAUCAUUCUUAACUUACAUAUUAAUCCUUUAUUUUUUAAUAAUAAUAUUCUAAUAAUUAUAUUAAAUUGUGCAUUAUUUAUAAAAUUGGGUGCCGCUCCUUUCCAUUUCUGAUUUCCAGAAAUUAUUAUAGGAUUAAAUUGAAAUAACACUUUAAUUUUAAUAACUUGACAAAAAAUUGCCCCUUUAAUUAUAAUUUCCUACAAUUUCUCUAUUACCUUAUUUAUUUCUAUUAUUAUUAUUAUAUCUUCAAUAAUUAGAAGAAUUCAAUCACUUAAUCAAAUUAAUCUACAAAAAAUUCUAGCUUAUUCUUCUAUUAAUCAUAUAAGUUGAUUAAUUGCAAGAUUAAUUAAUAUACAAAUUUUUAUUAUAUAUUUUAUUAUAUAUUUUAUCCUAUCAAUCAAUAUUAUUAUAAUUUUAAAUAUUAAUAAAAUCUAUUCUUUAACACAAUUAUUUUAUUCUCUAAAUAAAUUUAAAUAUUUUAAAUUCAUUUUUUCUCUUAAUUUUUUAUCCAUAAGAGGAUUGCCGCCUUUCUUUAGAUUUCUGCCUAAAUGAUUAAUUAUCAAUAAAUUAAUUAAUAAUAACUUUUUUAUAUUAAGAUUAUUAAUAUUAGUCUCAACUUUAAUUAUAAUUUUCAUAUAUAUUCGAAUCACACUUCCUAUAUUAAUAAUUAAUCAUAUAGAAAUAAUUUCCCACUCUAAAAAUAUUUUUAAGUUAAAUCUAUUUAUUUAUUUAACCAAUAUAAUCUCAUUUAUAGGACUUAUAAUUUUUUUAAUUUUAUUUUUUUAA